CACGCAGUCUUCACCCUGGGCACGCAGACGGACACCAACCAAGUCCAGGAUCUGCAUAGGGUCAUACCAGACCUCCUGGACGCCAUGCUGGGGAACCUGCUGGCAAAGACCCCAGACACGGACAAGCUCCACUACAUCUUGGAGAACUCAGCCGAAUUCCCCAGGAUGGGCCACCACGUGGCACAGCUGGCUCUGUUCGUCGGUGACCCAGACGAGGACAUCAGCCGGCAGGCCAGGGAGGGGGUUUACCGGCUCUACCAGCUCCUGCUGCGCCAGAGGGACCUGAACAUCCAUGAGGUCGAAGACCUUUGGUGCUGGGACUGGCACCAGGACAGCAGGCUCCUCGGCUAUAAGAACACCGCCAGGGUGGGGGAGGUUUUUGCCAAAUUUUUCUCAGCGGGGCAGAGAAGAUUCUUCCUGCAGACAGCAGUGCUGGCCAUGCACGACCCGCUGCUGCGUGUCAGCCAGGCUGGGCUGCUCCUCACUUACUCCCUCCUGGGGCAAGCCGAGCAGCUGAUGGGGAGCAAGCAUGAGGUCGUGACGGCCAACAUAAUGAACCAACUUCACAUCAUCCGGCACUUGCGCCAAGUGCCGGAGGCGCUGCAGGAAUUCUGCCUCCAAGGCCACCAGCAACUCCUGCUCCCUCUAAACGGGGAGUGUAGUGAGACUAAGUGGCCUCCCUCCGAGCAGGAGAGCGAGGGCCCCUCUACACGCCCCUUGGAGGGCAGAGCCUAUAUCGCCCCACCCGCUUUGCCUGUUGGCUGGCCACCGGGGCCUCUGGUAGACUCUGUUGCAACUCAGCGGCCUCCCUCCGAGCAGGAGAGCGAGGGCCCCUCUACACGCCCCUUGGAUGGCAGAGCCUAUAUUGUCCCACCCCCCUCGCCUGUUGGCUGGCCACCAGGGCCUCUGGUAGACUCUGUUGCAACUGAGCGGCCUCCCUCCGAGCGGGAGAGCGAGGGCCCCCCUACACGCCCCUUGGAGGACGGAGUCUAUAUCGCCCCGCCCCCAUCGCCAUAA